UUUACGACACCGCUCUGGCUUUUGGGUCAGAAUCAGACAACGACAAAAUGGCCGGGGCCUGUGUAUUAUUUUUAAUUGCUGCGUCUCAACUGAAGAUUUAUAGCCUUGCUGCUGAGAUUCCAGAGGAAAAUGCAGGAGCAGUGUUUGUGUCCCAGCAGACGGCACACAUGGUGCUGCACCGCCAGCGCAGGUUCAACAGCGGCCAUCUUGAAGAAAUCCUUAAAAAAGAUAACCUGGAGCGCGAAUGUUACGAGGAAGUCUGCUCCAUGGAGGAAGCCAGGGAAGUGUUUGAGAACGAUGAGAAAACUAUGGAAUUCUGGGCUGGCUACAUUGAUGGAGACCAGUGUAAGCCACCACCCUGCCAAAAUGGAGGUGUCUGUGAAGAUGGAAUCAGUACCUAUGUUUGCUGGUGCAAACCGAACUUCAGUGGCAAGAACUGUGAGAUCGAGGUGACCAAGCAGUGUGUGGUUAACAACGGGGGAUGUUCGCAUUUCUGUGUGAUGCAGGGGCGGCAAGCGAAGUGUCAGUGUGCUGCUGGUUACAAACUUGGAGCAGAUAAGAAGAGCUGUGAGCCAAAUGGGCAGUUCAGCUGUGGCCGCGUGAGCGUGCAGUCGAGCUCCGUCACCAGGACCAUCAACCCGGCACUUUCUCCAAACCUGCAACACCCCCCAACGUCCAUGGAAAAUUCCUCCGACGCGCAGCAGGAUGACUACUACGAGGAUUACACCACACAGCCGUACGAUUACUCGGAUUUGGUGAACGUGUCAGACACGGUGAACGUCUCACUGGGCCCUGCGGUGGAGCUGGAUUCUGCCUCCCCUGCGAGUCCCCCUCACGGGGCCACAGGCAGUACGGUAGCAAGCCUCACAAGGGCCAAGAAGCCGCUCUCCUGGGCUUUUCCCACGCUCCCCUCCAUCAGAGCUGAGGACAACCUGAACCAGAGGAUUGUGGGAGGUGAUACGGCUGUUCCUGGAGAGAUACCAUGGCAGGUGUCGCUGAUGUAUCGGUCAGCGAGCCUCAGCAGAGCGCAGCCCUUCUGUGGAGGCUCCCUGCUCAGUGAGUCCUGGGUCGUCACGGCAGCCCACUGUCUGAUGCAGGCCGACAUCGCCAAGAGAACCUUCUUCGUCAGAGUUGGUGAGCAUGAUGUGAACGUGGACGAGGGUCCAGAGAGAGACCAUGAGGUGGAAGAGCGGCAUCUUCACCCUCUCUAUGACUUUCAGCAGUCCCAGUACAACCAUGACAUUGCUCUCCUGAAACUCGCCACUCCGGUGGAGCUGUCUGACCACAGGCGUCCCGUCUGCCUGGGCCCCAAAAUCUUCAUUCAGAACCUCCUGAGGGAGUCCAGCAGUUCUCUGGUGAGUGGCUGGGGACGGCUGAAGUUCCAGGGUCCGGAGGCCACCCAGCUUCAGAAGCUGGCGGUGCCCCACGUGGACCGUACCCAGUGCAAACAGAGCAGCCAGGAUCACAUCACGCGCUACAUGUUCUGCGCCGGGUUCCAGGACAAACAGAUGGACUCGUGCCAGGGGGACAGCGGCGGCCCUCAUGCCACCAAAUACAAAGACACGUGGUUCCUGACGGGCAUCGUCAGCUGGGGGGAGGAGUGCGCCAAGGAGGGAAAGUAUGGAAUUUACACCCGGGUCUCCCGGUACUAUCCAUGGAUCAUCCAAAAGACGGGGAUCGGAAUGAACAACUGACAAAUGGGACCCCGGUCAAUGAAACGGUCAUUCACACAAGCAAAGUUUGGUGUCUGAAGAGGUUUUGAUUUUAAAGAUUCCUACAAAAAUCCUCUCCCCCCAGCAAAACAUGUACAGCCUCCUGUAUUUGAAUACCUUUGAUGGAAUGGAUCAUGGUUUCUUAAAUGUUUGUCUUUCCUGCAGAAAGGCAGCAUCUGCAUGGCAUAUUUUAUCAAUAAAGCAUGUAAGAUGGAGGAUCCGAAUGAUUCAUUCAGACAAAUGUGUGGGGCAACGGCAG